AUGAAUAUAGUUGAGUACAGAAAGCAUCAGAAUGAAAACUAAAUCAGAACUUGUUGUUGCAAAAGAAGAGCUCCUUGGGAAUUACAACCAGACAGAAAAGUAUAAUAGGUUUUUAAAUUCUUAGAUUCUGAUUGGUACCGCAGAUAAAAAUAUUCCCAAUAAUAGAGUAGAGACUUCUAAGUAUAAUAUGCUCACAUUCUUACCCAAAAACUCAUUAGAAUAAUUUAGGAAAGCAUCUAAUUUGUAUUUUUUGCUUUUAGGCAUUUUGUAAUCAGUUUGAAUUCAAUUUAGUUAAAUCCUUCCUCCAGUCACAACUACUGAUGGACAACCAACUGUUUAUUUACCCCUUUCAUUCAUUAUUAUGGUCAGCAUGAUCAAGGAUUUUUUUGAAGACUUUAAAAGGUACCUCAAUCAUCACCAUUAGACACCGAGCAGAUGAUGAAGAAAACAAUCGAACUGUAUAGAAAUAUUCACUUCGAACAGGAGUUUUCGAAUAUGACAAAUGGUAAAAUGUUUAUGUUGGAGACAUUAUAAGGAUUGCAAAUAAAUAGGUUUGAUUUUAACUUAAGAGUAGAGAAUUCCUGCUGAUAUUAUUAUAUUAGCAACUUCAAAAGGAGGAGAAUGUUUUGUUGAAACUAAGAAUCUAGAUGGUGAAACUAAUCUCAAACCUAAAUAUGCACAUCCAUAAUUGCAAACAUUAUACAGAUAAUUAAAUGAGAAAGAGUUACCUUAUAAUUUGUAAUUUUGAAAUAAAAUAUCUUAGAUUUGUGACUAUGGAUUUUGAAAGAUAAAAUCCUCUUAUGUAUAAAUUUAAGGGAAGUUUCAAUAUUGUUAAUGAAAAUAAAGAAUAACCAAAAGAACCAUUAAAUUAUGAAAAUUUUUUAGAAAGAGGAUGCUCUCUUUAAAAUACUGAUUGGAUUUUAGCAGUUACUGUUUAUACAGGUCAUGAUACUAAAAUAAUGAUGAAUUCUAUUAUAGGAAAGAUGAAAUAUAGUACAGUUGAGAAAUUGAUGAGCAAGUAAAUUUUAUGGGUAUUCUUAUUUUUGUUGUUUGAAUGUAUUUUUGCAUCAACAUAUUAUAAUGUAUGGUACUAAAGAAAUGUGAAUGAAUUACAAUCUUAUUUGAAUAUUGAUUAAAAUGCUCCAGAGAAUAAUUCCUUUUACAAUUUUAUAUUAAGAUUUGCAAUGUGGUUUUUAUUGNUGAGUACAGAAAGCAUCAGAAUGAAAACUAAAUCAGAACUUGCUGUUGCAAAAGAAGAGCUCCUUGGGAAUUACAACCAGACAGAAAAGUAUAAUAAGUAUUUAAAUUCUUAGAUUCUGA